CGUCAUCAGUGGGUGUCCUCAUUCCGGAUCCUGCUUACCUGUGGCGAUACACGUGGUGUGGGAUAUUUGGUAUUUAAGAGAGGUCAAAAGGCCAGAAAUUGACUCAAGCCAGUAAUCCCUGAAGAACACAAAGAGAUGGAGGUCUUUCUGUCUGUGAAAAGGAUUCUUAAAAAGCUGCCCCACCAGCACUGAGUGAGCUGAGAUGCAUGUGUGAUGCGGUCUUCACUAAUAAGCUUAAGUGGCUAUGUUCCAAAAAUAAUCAGGACAAGGAUAUAUGAUGUGCCAACGUGUGCUCUGUACAUGUACAGGAUGAAUACGGAUUAUUGGAGAUCCAAUGAAAGUUUAUCUGAAUUAAACUGCUAAAUGAAAGGAUGCUUUCUUUUCCUUUGGAAUCAAAGCUUUGGGAGAUGGGAUUUAUUAUUAUACCUGUGCAAAGAAAUGUGUGUACAACUGCAAUGCAUUGAGCAGGUAUCUCUCCCAGUCAUCUGGUGCUAGAUAAUACCGUAGUCCUCCAAGAUGCAGCUGAAUUAUGGUGAGGAAGAGGAAGAUUACCUGGACAGAUUUAUAGAGCUCUGGCUUGUUCAUCCAGCAUUAUUGGGAACGCUGACCUCCGUUGUCUUCCUAUUAGUUUGCUGGAUCAUUAGAGACAGUCUGAAAGUCAGCGAUAUUCGUGGAAAACACGUGUUCAUCACCGGGUGCGACUCUGGCUUUGGAAACUUACUGGCCCAAAGACUUCACAGAAAAGGAUUUACUAUCAUCGCAGCCUGUCUAACAGAGAAAGGGAGAGAAGACUUAAAAGUCUGUACUUCUCCUGACCUGAAAACGGUCAUAUUAAAUGUAACAAAUCCUCGCAGUAUUGAUGAUGCAGUUAAAUAUGUUGCAGAGGAGACUGGAAAUAAAGGUUUGUAUGGCUUGGUUAAUAAUGCUGGAAGAGCCACUCCAAUUGGACCGACUGACUGGUUGGACAUGGAAGACUUCCACCGAGUUCUUGAUGUAAACCUUAUUGGACUUAUUGAAGUCACUUUGAAGUUUCUACCACUGUUAAAAAAAGCCCAAGGAAGAAUUGUGAAUGUAGCCAGUGUUAUGGGAAGAUUGGCUUUUGGGGGAGGCGGCUACUGCUUAUCGAAAUGUGGUGUGGAAUCCUUCUCAGACAGUUUGAGGAGAGACAUGCAGCAUUUUGGAAUGAAAGUUAGUAUUAUUGAACCUGGUUUCUUUAAGACUGGCGUUACAAGCCUGGAAAUAAUUGAGAAAGAUUUACAUCGACUGUGGAAUAGACUUGCACCAGACCUCAGAUGCUCAUAUGGUGAUAAAUAUUUUGAUCAAUAUUUAAAAGUCCAAAGGUUAUCCCUGAAAACGUUUUGUAGUUCUGACAUCUCCAAAGUUACAAGCUGCAUGGAACACGCGUUGACAGCCAAAUACCCCCGAACACGGUAUGGUGCUGGAUGGGAUGCUAAAUUAUUUUGGCUUCCUUUAUCUUAUGCACCAGCCAGAGUCGCUGAUGUCAUGUUGAAGCUCAUCUUACCUCGACCAAUUGGUAAUAAAAAAGCUCUGGCUAGAAACCAAGUUGACGUAUAGCUAAUUAAUGUGUCUUUAUGUUGUUUGAACCAUAUCUUUUUCUUGGAAAUAAACAUCUU